CUGUCCUACUCUCGACUUGCGGUCUCAUCCGUUGGUUGUUUUUUUCCAGCUCUAGCUCUUCGUCGGGCGAUCAAUAACCACUGCAUAAUCGCCAUCUUUCAAUCUCGCCGCGCCACCGCCUGGUGGGUCGACAGUCAAGAUCCGCUUUUCGGGCGGCCUGACUUCAUCUGCGUCUUCUGGUCUGCCCAUCAAAGAGACAUUUGCGAACCGAGAAUAUUUCAUAAUAUUGAGAAUGAAGAUCGGCAGCAUCAUCGCUCUCAGGCGACACGCCAGCGCCUGGCGAGCAAUGAAACCUCAAGCAUACAUCCAGUCAACUCGACUUGUGACGAGCCAAAAUUGGUCUCUAUCAUCUGGCGGCAGGGGCCAAUCAAAGAAAAUCACCUCAAACCAACUAUGACGAGUAAAAGCUUUCGACACGCGACUGACUCACUUGUUUCGUUAGCGCUUCGCUUUUCGGAGGACGAGGUGGUCUCGCAGCUUGUCGGUUCUUUGGGUGAUCAGAAUUACCCUUUCCACUGA